UGUUAGGUUACUCUGGUUUCUGGGCCUCAAGCUCAGUGGUUGAACACACCUGGCUGGUGCCUCAGAUAUCACCAUGACCCAAAGUAAGGAGUUCAUCUUCACUGCUGCUGAUCUGGACUUUGAUUAUGACUUUGGAAACUUCACUGGCAUGCCACCUGUUGGGUAUGAGUACAGCCCCUGUAUAAUAGACCCUCAGACUGUCAACAAGAACAUUGUUAUUGUCAUCUAUUCCCUGGUGUUCCUGCUAAGCCUUCUGGGAAACUCCUUAGUGAUGCUGGUCAUCUUAUACAGUCGGGUGAGCCGCUCCGUCACUGAUGUCUACCUGCUGAACCUGGCCAUAGCAGACCUGCUCUUUGCCCUGACCUUACCCAUCUGGGCAGCUGCCAAAGAGAAAGGCUGGGUUUUUGGCACACCCCUGUGCAAGGUGGUAUCCCUCUUGAAGGAAGUCAACUUCUACAGUGGUAUCUUGUUACUGGCUUGCAUCAGCAUGGACCGCUACUUGGCCAUUGUUCACGCCACACGCACACUGACCCAGAAGCGUCAUUUGGUGAAAUUCAUAUGUAUGGGCAUCUGGGGGCUGUCUUUGUUGCUAUCCCUGCCUUUCUUUAUCUUCCGUGAGGCCUAUAGUCCAAAUAACUCAAGCCCAGCCUGUUAUGAGGUCCUGGGCAAUAAUACAGCCAAAUGGCGAAUGGUGUUACGUAUCCUGCCCCACACCUUCGGCUUCCUCCUGCCCCUGCUGGUCAUGCUGUUCUGCUAUGGAUUCACAAUGCGCACACUGUUUAAGACCCAGACGGGGCAGAAGCACCGUGCCAUGCGGGUCAUCUUUGCUGUGGUGCUUGUCUUCCUGCUCUGCUGGCUGCCCUACAAUCUGGUCCUGUUGGCAGAUACCCUCAUGAGGACCGGCAUGAUUGAAGAGACCUGUGAGCGCCGCAGUGACAUUGACCGGGCCAUGGAGGCCACUGAGAUUCUAGGUUUCCUCCACAGCUGCCUCAACCCCAUCAUCUACGCCUUCAUUGGCCAAAAUUUCCGCAAUGGAUUCCUCAAGAUCUUGGCCACCCACGGCCUGGUUAGCAAGGAGUUCUUGACACGUCAUCGUGUUCCAUCUUAUACUUCUUCCUCCAUCACUGUCCCCUCAAACCUCUGAAAAGUACCACCGAAAGAAAAUCUCGCCCUCCAAGGAAAGAAUAACCAUCACCCCAAGAUGGCAUGUGUGUGCUGUUCGUCUGCUCUGGGCAGAUGCUCUCUGGGUUUGAGAGGAAGGCAUCUUCUGGAAGGAGUCUUCAGGCUCACACACCUCUUCUGAGGAAGUGCUGAGAGACUUCCUACACUCGUGUCUCACUUCCAUGAACUGGAGAGUCAUCCUUUCCUUUGAACUCAGCCAUCUUGGAUCUCCCAGCUGGGCAACCAGAAUGCUUCUAUCUGUAGUUUGAAUCCAACAUUCAAGAAUUGGGACUGACAAUGGUUUCCUUUGUGGGCUGGACUUUCCUGAUGAUCCUCUCUAGACUGCAAAUGCUGAGCAUGGCCUCGUCAGGUUCGAGCUAAAGUAGCUCUAUGAUCUGAGCUCGUGUCUCAGAUAUCACUUGUGUGUGCUGGAGACACUCAGCCAGCUACUACUGCGAGAUCAAGCUACAAGGUAGCCGUGUAUUGGAGCUGGAAAGCAUCUCCCCUGGGAAGCCAGACCCUUUGGGAAUCCCCUUCUUCCCAUGGUCAGCAUCCCAGACAAGAUGAUGCUAUGUGUGCUAAGUCCCUGCUAACCACAGACCAAACAAGACUGACCAGCAGCUUUAGUUCUUGUCCUUCUGGUGCUUCCAAUCUGAUUUGGAGCAUCAGCAAUGUUAUUGACACAGCCGUCAAUCAGUUGGACAGAGAGCGCUCUCCAAUAAAACUUUUGUUCCAUGUUUGUCCCUGUGGAAGUGGGUUGGGGUUUGUGACAUAGAGUAAGAAGUGUGUGUGUGGUAUGGCUGGUUGUUCCUGAAGUAGAAUGGGCGUGGCUUUCUCCCCAAAGCAUUUCUAGGCCGACAAGCUUGUCCCUGGGAUUUCACCCUUGCUAGAAUUGCUUCUGGAAGCACAGUCUCGUGAUCACCCUUACACCCCAGGCUGAGGAGAGUCCCUUUGUCCCUUUGUGAAUGGAAGGAUCCUUCAGAGAGUCUCAGCUUCAACUCCAUUUGAAUGUCUUCUCUGGGUGCACCUUCGCUGGAUCCCUGAGAUGAAUAGCUCCCAAUUCUCUCCUUCCAGAAGCUUCCUUAGAACCUGCUAUUUCUACAUCUGAUUUUCCCUGAUGAAGGCAGGAGCCUUCUGUUUUGUUUACUCUACAUCCUUGGUGUCUGAUUCAUUCUUGGGACCCAAUAAAUGCCCUCAGUAAAUCUUA